AUGGAUGUGACGUGCCCCAUUUGUAAAAAAGAUCCUGAAGCAGUUGAGCAUGCCAUUAUAAAAUGUGUUUCUGCUAAGGCAGUGUGGGCUAAAUGGAUUGACUGCCCUAUCAGAAUUCUUGAUUGCAGUCUGGAUGUUACUGAUUUGGCUCUCAUCUUAAUGAACCAGGGAACUCAAAGUGACCUGGAGAAAUUUUUUGGGGUGGCCUGGUCAAUUUGGUAUAAUAGGAACCAGGUGGUGAAUGAGAAUGGUGGUGCUGUUGCUGAACUUGUCUGGGGAUCGGCUAUCCGUUUGAUAGAAGACUUCAAGGAGGAAGGGAACUCUGGAAUUGGAGUCAUAAUUAGAGAUUGGAAUAAUCAAGUUGUUGCAGCUUUGAGUAAGCCCCUUUCGGGUAGAUUUGCAGUGGAAGAGACUGAGGCAAUUGCUAUGGAGCUGGGCAUUGUUCUCGCUAGGGAGUUGGGAUUAAAUCAAAUCAUCUUGGAAGGAGAUUCAAUGCAAACUGUUCAAGCAAUAUGCAGCAAAGAUGUGUGGGGAGUUGCAGGCCAUAUAAUCCAUGGCAUUUUGGAAGGAAUGAAUGGUUUUAUUUAUGCAGAAGCUAGAUACAUUUGCAGGAAUAGCAACAAAAUAGCCCAUGAGCUAGCUCAACAGGCCAAAAGAUCAGGAGAGGAAUGUAAGUGGUUUGAUGAGGUCCCUGAAUCUAGCAAGUUUGUGUAG